GCACGCGCACCAUGCAACGCACCGCUCUCGUCCUCCUCGCGCUAGCCGCCGUCGCGUGCGCAGGCGCCGACGCGCCGCAGCCGCGUCUCGUCGACUUCAACCCCUGGUCCUGGAUCCCGACCACCCGCAACCGGUCGCCGUCGAUCAUGGAUUACUUCUUCCCCCCGUCCCGCACCCCCAAGCAGUCCAGCCUCGACCCGCCCGCCGACCGCCAGCCCCCGACCACCGUCGACGACUUGACGACGGUCGACGAGCGUGUCACCACCACGGCCAGGAGGAGCCAUAAUAAAAACAAGGUCACGAUUCCCACCGCCAAACUCACGACCACCACCCAGCCCAAGACCAAAAAAUCCUCCCACAAGCACAUAGCGACGGACACGACGGUCGAGACCAGGACGACUCCUCCUGUAAAAACGGAGACGACCCAAACCACCAACGUCGUAACGACGACGACGGCGAAGCCGCCGAAGCGGUACACGAUCCGCACGGUGCGGACCACCGUGACGCCGCCCGCGCCGGAGACGGAGUCCACCGUCAACGCGAACAGUGACAGCACGGAAACCGUGCCGGGAGUCGAGACGACGAUGUCGGCGGAGGUCGUCAAGGACGCGGCGCCGGUCACGACGACCGUCGACCGCUCCACGGACGCGACGAGCACGGGGACGGAGUCGACGACGCUGACCGACACCACCGCCGAGCCGGUCGACAGUCGGGAGGGCUACCUGCCCCUGAGGGACAAGCCCCAGCAGAACCACGUCAAGAUCAACGAGCAGACCAACAAAGAGACGGUGCCUCUACCUGCCGGCUCCACGUCGGUGCUGGCCAAGCCCACCAAGUACCACUACUACCCGCACAACCAACACAUCUACUUGCUGCCCGAGUGUGCCAUCCAACAGGUGUGCAACGCAGUCUACGUCCGUCUCAACUACACCCAACCACUCUGCGCCUGCCCAUCUAGAUACCGAGACCCGUGCUCUGCCAGUCUCAAUGCCGAUGACCUACAUACUACGAGACUGACCACAGAUUCCAAGAAGAAGUACGCCAAGAAAGCUGUAACCCUGGUGAAGACAUGUGAACCAGUAGCGGAGAUGAGGGAAUGCCGAGCGCCGCGGGAUUGGUCGCUGCUAGCGCUGCAGAACAUACGGACGGGGAAGUCCCACUAUCUGGUGAUAUGCAGGUGCCCGGAGUCGCAUAUAUUAGAGGGUCCCAUGUCACACGACACGCCGACCUACGCGUCCGUCCCUGGGAUCCGGGUCUACGGCAUGGUGUGCGUCCGGUCUACGGGGUAUAACGGUUUCAACACCAACCGCUUCUCCGGCGCCGUUCAGAGUACGACCAGCACGUACAAAGUCGACUACUCGCAGCCUCACUCCUACUCGGAAAAACCCAUCUACAACCGCUACCAGACGCACAGCUACCUCGACAACUACUACAACCGGCGGUCGAGAGCGGCGCGAGUGAGGCGCAUGACGUCACCGAACCCGCCUUUCCCGUGGCACAAAGUGAAAGAACUCGCGCGAUCACUACAUUGGAUCAAUUAAAACGCUCGUAUUGUUAGAAAAAAGUAGGUUGGGUUCGAGACGGCUGAGGGUACACAUGCUGCGGUAACGCAGCGUUGAUAGAUCGCUCUACUAUAUCUUAAUGAAAUGUCGCACGCAGUUACAAAGAGAAUUUUAGCUUCAGUAGUA